AUGGAUAAUUUAAUUUCUAUGAUACCAGGGCCAUGUCAACGACUUCGUUUGCCCUCUUUGACGACCAUGCUUAAGUUUCCAACACGUAAUAAUUGUGCCAACAGCCAAGUGUGUAAGCAGAAGCGUCGUGUAGUCUUCAUGGGAAGUGCGAGAGUAGGAAAAACGUGUAUCAUUAAUCAAUUUUUAUAUGAUCAAUAUCAUCAACGCUAUAAAAAGACUGUGGAAGAAAUGCAUGUUGGUGAAUAUGAUACACCAGAUGGUUCUAUGUUAAUCCUAGAAAUUCUCGACACUUCCGGCUCAUAUACCUUUCCAGCAAUGCGUGCCUUGUCAAUUACAACAUCUGACGCAUUCAUUCUAGUUUAUGCUAUAGAUGAUUUGGAUUCAUGGUACGAGGUUGAGAGUUUAAGGAAACAGAUUAUUGAGCAACGUGGUCCGGGGAUUCCAAUUGUUGUUGUUGGAAAUAAAAUUGAUCUAUGUAUUACUAAACGUCAAGUGCAGUAUGAAGUUACUGAAAUGGUUGUUUGUGAGGAUUGGAAGUGCGCUUAUGUUGAAUGCUCUGCAAAGCAAAAUGUUGGCAUCAUGAGUAUAUUCAAACAAUUGUUAGAACAAUCUGACAUACGUUACAAUCUUAGUCCAGCAGUGCGACGCAGACGUCAAUCAUUACCAGCAUUCGUUUCAGCAAAAGGCAGUAAGAGUCCGUCACACAGAACAUAUAGAAUGCAACGACAUUCAUGCACGAUGACCUAA